AUGCCAAUCGUCGAUGCACAUUGUCAUUUGGAUGAUUUCUUUAGUAAUCGUUUGUUCCUCGAGUCAUUAUCGGCUUCUAAUGUUCGUAAAGUCUAUGCAGUGUCCAACAAGCACAAAUAUCAAAAUUGGCAUAAACUUAUUUAUAUUGCAUGUGAAAAUAUGUACGUGUAUGAAAGUUUCGGGAUUCAUCCCAAAUACCUUCCCGAACACGAUUUAAAUGCAAAACUUAUUCAGCUAAAAAGCAUUGUUAGUAAAAAAGAAAAUCCAGUAUCAGGUAGACCAAUAGUUGGUAUUGGAGAAGUCGGUUUAGAUGAGACUAGUAAAUUUUCUAUAAUGGAUCAAAAAUUAGCUCUCGAAAGUCAGAUUAUUAUAGCUCGUCAAACAGGUUUACCGUUAAUCUUACAUUGUCGUGGCCAUUCUCUUUUUCGUCCUUUAUUUGAUUGUAUUUCGUCUCUUUUGCCAACAAAUCAUCCAAUUCAAUGGCAUUGUGUCAAAUCUGACAGUGAUUUGACUGUAAUAGAUAAUUUUAUUUUUUCUUUUCCGAAUUCAGCAAUCUCUCUCAAUGGGGGAACAACAUUAAUAAAGGAUAUCGAUCAGGAUAAAAUAUUUAAAAAAUGGAUCAGAAACCAUCCGAAUAUACUUGAUCAUUUAGUUCUUGAAACUGAUUGUCCUUGGCUUUGCCCUCAGGGUCUUUCUAUUCAGGAAUAUAAUCCUUGUACAGGAAUUUUUGUAACAUCCAAAUGGGUAGAAAAUACAUUGAGAGCUCCAGGAAAAAAUGCGUCAAAAAUUAUUCAGAUCGCGAACCACAAUGCUCAAAAAAUUUUUCGAUUCUAG